AUGGCGUCGUCGUCGACCAAAAUCGGCCAUGGCCUUGCGAAGGCUUUGCGCAUCCGAGUGAACGAGCGCCAGGCUCAGGAUGAUGCCCUGACGCGGGGCGAGUCCACCUUCUCCCACGGUUCUGGAGACACAUACGUUGAGGAAGAGCCCGGCGCGAUGGAUUGGAUCAGGGAGUUGGUCCCAGAACCCUCAUUCUACCCCAGAUACGCACGAAAUCUGUUUCCCUUCACCAAGUGGAUCAUGCGCUACAAUUUGCAGUGGUUGAUUGGUGAUCUUGUCGCUGGCAUCACCGUGGGAUGCGUCGUCGUCCCUCAAGGCAUGGCUUAUGCGAAGCUCGCUGAGUUGCCUGUCGAAUACGGCCUAUACUCCUCUUUCAUGGGUGUUCUCAUCUACUGGUUUUUCGCUACCUCCAAGGACAUCACUAUUGGGCCUGUGGCGGUCAUGUCCACUAUUGUCGGCAACAUCGUUCUCAAGGUCCAGGCCGAACAUCCUGACAUCGAGGGCCAUGUUGUUGCGAGUGCGCUGGCCAUCAUCUGUGGAUCCAUCAUUACCUUCAUCGGCCUCAUCCGCUGCGGCUGGAUUGUUGAGUUCAUUCCCUUGGUUGCCAUCUCUGCCUUCAUGACCGGCUCUGCCAUCAGUAUCGCUGCUGGCCAAGUCCCAAAUCUGAUGGGCAUCAAAGUUGAAGGCUUCAACACUCGCGCUUCGACGUAUCUGGUCAUUAUCAACACACUCAAAUAUCUCGGCCACACCAAGCUCGACGCCGCAAUGGGUCUGUCUGCCCUAACUCUCCUUUACCUCAUCCGAUUUGCUUGCACCUAUGCCGCGAAAAAGAACCCGGCCCGCGCAAAGACUUUCUUCUUCAUCUCUACGCUGCGCACGGCCUUCACCAUUCUCCUCUACACUGGUAUCAGUGCCGGUGUCAACAUCCAUCGCCGAAAGAACCCUGCGUUCUCGAUUCUCAAGACUGUCCCGAGAGGCUUCAAGCACGCAGCAGUCCCAACUAUUAACACCGACAUCAUCAGCUACUUCGCAAGUGAACUUCCUGCUUCGGUCAUCGUCCUUCUGAUCGAGCACAUUGCCAUAUCCAAAUCAUUCGGCCGCAUCAACAAUUACACCAUCGAUCCUUCCCAGGAGAUGGUCGCGAUUGGUGUCACCAACCUGCUUGGUCCGUUCCUUGGCGGCUAUCCCGCAACCGGAUCAUUCUCGCGAACCGCUAUCAAGUCAAAGGCCGGUGUCCGCACCCCGUUCGCUGGUGUCAUUACCGCCGUCGUGGUACUCUUAGCCAUCUAUGCGCUUCCCGCGGUUUUCUUCUACAUUCCCAAUUCGUCGCUGGCUGCCGUCAUCAUCCAUGCCGUUGGCGAUCUGAUCACCCCUCCCAAUACCGUCUAUCAAUUCUGGCGGGUGUCUCCUCUCGAAGUCAUUAUCUUCUUCGCUGGUGUCUUGGUCACCAUCUUCUCCAGUAUCGAGAACGGUAUUUACACCACAAUCUGUGUGAGCGUGGCAGUGCUCCUCUUCCGCGUGGUCAAGGCCAACGGUCACUUUGUUGGCAGGGUCAAGAUUCAUUCUGUUGUAGGUGACCAUCUCAUUGACGAGAAGGACACGCAGAAUGUUGGGCCGCCCGGCAAGGAUCAGCAGCGCAACAUCUUUUUGCCAUUGGACCAUAAUGAUGGCUCCAACCCAAGCGUGGCCCCAGAGCAGCCUUAUCCCGGCAUCUUCAUCUACCGCUUCAGCGAGGGCUUCAACUAUCCUAAUGCAAAUCACUACACGGAUUAUCUCACCAAUUACAUCUUCACACACACGCGCCGCACCAACCCCGACUCAUGGCCUCGACCCGGUGACAGGCCGUGGAACAAUCCUGGUCCGCGCGCUGGUAAAUCCGAGCCUGAUCAGUCGCAUCUUCCAACUCUCAAGGCCAUUGUACUCGAUUUCUCGGCCGUCAACAACGUUGACGUGACAUCGGUGCAGAACCUGAUCGAUGUUCGCAAUCAGCUGGAUCGCUACGCUGCCCCGAAUGUUGUUCAGUGGCACAUUGCUUGCAUCAACAAUCGCUGGACCAAGCGUGCGCUCGCAGCGGGCGGUUUCGGAUACCCGACGCUGCCAACCCACGAGUAUAGCCGUUGGAAGCCAAUUUUCAGUGUGUCUGAGAUUGGCGGAACCACAUCUGCCGCAGCCGAAGCGGAAAAGGCGACCAACAAGGCCUUGCGCCGCAGCUCCUUCGCCCACACAGACAUUGAGCAGGCCGAUGGGCCCACUGCUAGAGCGCUGGAGAAGGACGCCAUCAACAUCGAAGAGCACGGGCACUACAGCCCGGAUGGGUCUGACAUGAACAAGGUUCUGACCAGCAGCAAAGCUUACAAGAAGGUUACUCCUGUCCACGGUCUGAAUCGACCUCUCUUUCAUAUCGAUCUUACGGCUGCUCUGCAGGCUGCAAUCGCCAACGUCGAAGCGCAGUAUGGCUCGCAAGCCUCAAGUCCAUCUGACCCGAAGCGCGGAGUCGGUACCCAGUCAGACUCAGAGAGUGAUGAUGUUACGAAAUUGAAAUGA